AUGACAACUACUGUUCCUUUAAUAUACUCUUUCGCCGGGUACGAAGGUGUGGCCGACGCUGUCGCCGACCACGUCAUCACUGCGCAAAACAUGACCUUAUACAACACCUUAGAUAAGGAUCAGAUUGCCAAACUAAAACAGGCUGCUCAGCGGCCUUCGUUGACAAGCGAGGCCUCUUCGGCGUCGAUACUGGGGAUGCCUUCUCCCAGACCUUCGUUCAGCCGCAACGGGCUGUCAGUGAAUGCUGCCGCUGGGAACGGGAGCUCUGAGGAGAGAUCGCUGCUGAGAAGGAAGAAAGAGAUGAAGAAGAAAGCUGAGCAGCGGUUCAAGAUCGCCAUUUCCGGCGGCUCGCUCAUUAAGAUCAUGCACCUUGGUUUGUUGCCGAGAGAAGACGAGAUUGAGUGGGACAAGUGGGACAUCUACUUUGCCGACGAGAGGUUGGUGCCAUUUGACAGUCCCGAUUCGAACUACGGCCUGGCCAAGAGAGAGAUCUUCGAUUUGAUCAAAAGCGAGAAGAAGCCCAAUGUGUACCACAUUGACGAGCUGUUGAUCUCUGAUCCGCAGGAAUGUGCUGAUGCCUAUGAAAAGUUACUCAUCGAUAACUUUGCCAAGAAGGACAGUGUCAAGUUGCCCAUGUUUGAUCUUUUGCUCCUUGGCUGCGCUCCUGACGGCCAUAUUGCCUCGUUGUUCCCCAAUUUCGGUGAGCAGUUGAGAGAGAAGUUAGCAUGGUGCUUACCUGUGGAGAAGGCGCCUCUGGGCCCCGAAAACAGAAUCACAUUGUCGAUUCCAGUGAUUUGUCAUGCUCAUAGAGUCACCUUCGUCGUUGAGGGGUUGACGAAGGCACCUAUCAUGCGAAUCAUCAUGGAGAGGCCAGAGAAAGGAUUGCCGAGCUCGAUUGUGAACGAGGGAGCCGCCGGCAGGGUCACCUGGUUCGUCGACGAUGAUGCAUUGAAGGAUUGCUAUGACAUUACCAAGAAGAAGUACAAGUUUCUUAGUAUCCCGGGGCCCAGCAGUUGA